AUGAAAAGCUCAUUACUGCAGUUAUCAAGCUACAAAAUACUUCAAGCAAGGCUUCUCAUGCAGACUAAUGAUGUCCUUUCACCAAGCUCAAGUGAUAUAUUAAAGAAAGCAGGCAAAAUUGUGGAUCAACUUCUUCUCCAACCUGCAGCAAAAUGUGAAGCUCUGGAAAUACUCCCCAAACUUACUUAUACUAAUAGCUCUGGCAUCAGCAUUUUAAAUAGAGAUGAAGAUAUACUAGAAAAAUAUACAGCUUCUGUUGCAGAUACUGAUUCAACAUCUGUCCUUAUAGGCGCUUGCCAACAAAUUCCAACCAUUGAUAUAAUAAAACAAUUAGCAUCCAAAGUGAAAAGUAAAUACUCCGAUUCAAAAAAUGAAUUGGGUUUUCCAAAUACAAUAUCACUUGGCAAAGAAAAUUACUUGGCUGCAAAUGGUUCAAUUAUAAAUUCUAAGUCAAAAUUCAUCUCAACUCCAUUAUAUCGUAUAUGUUGCUCUAAUAUGUCAACUUCCAGAAAUAGUCCAAGUGUCAAUGGCUCAUGUGACUUGAUAAAAGUAAAUGAUCAUUUAGAUAAGUUAAAUAGAAGAGUUGAGUGCUUGAAUAUGAGAAUUGAUGAUAUCAACAAGUUAGAUAAUACUGAUUUGAAUAUUGAAAAUUUUUCUAAAGAAUACAAACUAUCUGAGCGUCCUGAAUGGAUGUGCGUCGAUUAUCAAUAUGAGUAUACAAACGAUGAAUAUAAUGCAGCUAUAUUGCAGCAAGAAAGAAUUAAAAUGUGGGUCUGUGAUAAUGCCAAACAGACAUAUUCUGAUUUAUCAGAAAAUGGAGUCUCUGACCAUGUACCAUUUUCAGAUUUAAACUAUAACUUAAGUCCUAAAGUGGACUUAUCAAAUAGAACUUCUACUUUACUGCCAACUACAAGUGCUCUGUCAACAACAGCAUCUGGAGUAGUAUCAGUACUUCCAUAUACAAAUUAUAAAGUGUGUAAAAAGACAUCUAUAAAAAUGGAGCCUACUCUAAAUAAAGGUACUAGUUAUAUGGGAAGAGGUAUGAAUGCAAAAUUCUGCGAUCUAUCUUCUGCUAGCACUGAUAUACCCAUGAAAAUAAGCAAAACUAAAAAUCUACAAUAUAUAAAAGUAGGUAACUCUUUGAGGAGAUCUAUAAAUGUUGUAUCCUAUGUCGAUGACUUACGAAAUACUGUAUACUCUUGUAACUUGGGCUUGAAAGGUGAUUAUAUUACACACCAUAAAUUAACGAAUAAUUGCAAAGAUGCAUCCUCGCAACCCAUUGGAAUGUUACAUCAUCGAAGAAGUUCAAAGAAUAUAGGUAUUGAGUGUAAAGAAAAUUCAAAUAUCAUGAUAAUAGAAGUUGACAGUGUUACAAUUCCAAAAUAUACCUUAGGAGGGCAUAAUCACUUUAUAAAGAAUUAUCAAGCGGAUUAUAAGGCAUCUUCAAAAUAUACUCAAUUAUCUUGUAGAGACUGUUCGUGGGAUGUAGUAAAUUACUGCUUUACACAAUGA